GCUUUGAAGAAGUAUCCGCGACGCACAUUGUCCAGAGCGCUCAUCCGGAGGUACGAGGGAUGCUGAUACUGACGCCCAUUCGCCUUAAAUAAACAACAACAACAGCAGCCACCAGUGUCCACCACACGAGAACAGUCAAUGCUAAAGCCGCCUGGACUAUAUCACUCCAUCCGUUAUCAAUCUGCUCCGGUUUGCCAAUGCGUAACAGCCCUGGAAACUGAUGAGGUCCCGGCUUGGGAUGCAAGAGGAGUGAGCCCCUCAUCUUCGGCCCUGUGGACCCCCUCCCGAGUCGCGAGUCCGUCAAGGGGGCCUGCGAGGACGACGAGGCAGCCCCCUCACUCCCCCGCAGUGCCGCCAUUUUCUUCCUUACGUCGGGCCCACCAGAGCACUUCGAAACUGUUUCUCCAACGCUUCUUCCAGAAGCUCAGACUGUUUUCCAGAGCAGAAGCCGCUCAGCCCGCCCAGCCAGAGGUGAUGGGAAGUGUGCGAUCCAACCGCUACAGCAUUGUGUCAUCAGAGGAGGACGGAAUGAAACUCGCCACCAUGGCGGUGCCCAACGGCUACGGGAAUGGGAACGGGAAGGGGAAGGUGCAGACGCGGCACCGGCCGCAGAGUCGCUUCGUCAAGAAGGACGGCCACUGCAACGUGCACUUUGUCCACGUCAGCGAGAAGGGCCAACGCUACCUGGCCGACAUCUUCACCACCUGCGUGGACAUCCGCUGGAGGUGGAUGUUUGUCAUCUUCUGCCUGGCUUUCAUCCUGUCCUGGUUGUUCUUUGGCUGCAUCUUCUGGCUGGUGGCCAUCUUCCACGGGGACUUGGAGACUAAUGACCACCAGUGCGUCUCCAACGUGAGCAGCUUCACCGCCGCCUUCCUGUUCUCCAUCGAGACGCAGACCACCAUCGGCUACGGCUACCGCUACGUGACCGACGAGUGUCCCGUGGCCGUGUUCAUGGUGGUCUUCCAGAGCAUCGUGGGCUGCAUUAUCGACGCCUUCAUCAUCGGUGCCGUCAUGGCCAAGAUGGCCAAGCCCAAGAAGAGGAACGAGACCCUGGUGUUCAGCCACAACGCCACGGUGGCCAUGAGGGACAGCAAGCUGUGUCUGAUGUGGCGCGUGGGGAACCUGAGGAAGAGUCACCUGGUGGAGGCCCACGUGCGCGCGCAGCUCCUCAAGUCGCGCACCACGGCCGAGGGCGAGUUCAUCCCGCUGGACCAGAUGGACAUCGACGUGGGCUUCGACAGCGGCGUGGACCGCAUCUUCCUGGUGUCGCCCAUCACCAUCGUGCACCAGAUCGACGAGCACAGCCCCUUCUACGACAUGAGCAAGCAGGAGCUGGAGACGUCCGAGUUCGAGAUCGUGGUGAUCCUGGAGGGCAUGGUGGAGGCCACGGCCAUGACCACCCAGUGCCGCAGCUCCUACCUGUCCUCUGAGAUCAUGUGGGGGCACCGCUUCGAGCCGGUGCUUUUCGAGGAGAAGAACUACUACAAGGUGGACUACACGCACUUCCACAAGACGUACGAGGUGCAGAGCACGCCGCUGUGCAGCGCCCGGGACCUGGCCGAGAAAAAGUACAUCCUGUCCAACUCCAACUCCUUCUGCUACGAGAACGAGAUGGCGCUGGAGAGCAAGGAGGACACGGACGAGGGCAACGGCGGCAGCGUGGGCCCCGACGGCACGCAGGCGGACAAUAUCUCCGAGACGGAGCACCAUCACCUGGCGCCCACGGUGCCGCUAGAGCCGCGCUCGCUGAGGCGAGAGUCUGAGAUCUGAGGGCGCUGAUCUCCGAUCCCUGAUCUGUGACUAGCAGCAGGCGGACUCCCUGCUGGGAAAGACGUGCAGCUCCCGCUCAGAACGGCACAAUGAGCUGAGCUCGUGAGGAGCCGGUUCAGCUAAUGGUACUGCUGUUGGAAGAGCUUUGAUUUUGUAUUGUUUUUUUAGUUUUUUUUUUACUUGGAUUGCAUACGACAUGGUGUGGGUGCGAGUAUGACAAAAGACAGCACUACGAACCAUGUGCAUGCUGACGGCAGAGCUCUCUGUACCAAGUGCCCAUGAUGAAUGUGUGCCUCUGUUUUGUGUCGACUGCAAGGUAACAUAGACCAAGAGCGGUCUGAUGACUUGAAAAAUGCAGGCAUGGCUUCUCUUUUUCUGUCCAGCAAAUAAAUUAAACAAACACAUGUUACACACACCGGUGUGUUUAACGAACGUGUGUUCUCAAGUGCUGCUAUAGAGUUGUCUUUUAUGAACGGACAAUUAUUGAAAAAGAAAUGUUAAAUUAAAUAACCCUUAAAUAUUUUUAUUUUGAUACAUCGCAUGGCAUAAGAGCAACAAGAAAUGAAUUUGUCUAUGACAUUUUGAGCACUGAAAACUUUCCUUGCUAUUUUGCACUUGUGGCUUUUCCCUGAUUUUUCCAGUCAGUGCUCUCCAUAUUUUCUGAAGAGAUUCACACAGUCUUUAAAAUUCAGCAGAUAUACCAUAUCCAUGAGCUGGUCUCACAGCAAGACACACUGUCAAAAGCUUAGACAACCUCUUGUUUUCACACCAAAACAAGGUCAAUUGAGUCCCAAACGCGUGCUGUAUGGAAUGGAAUCCAUUAAGACAAACCAGUGCAAUUUGACUUGCAUUGUAUAUAUUUUUUUUUAUACGUCUAUCUCAAAUGACAAGGCAGUCUGUGACGGACACGAGACAUGCCUGUUCUCAAACCUAUCCCUUUGAUUCUCAUCGUGGUGAACGGUAAUUCUUUGCUUCCCAAACUGAUAGAAACAUGUCUGUUGUUAUGAAGUAACUGAGCAGGAUUGUAAUCAUUUGCGUUCAAAAGAGUUUAACCAAGCAGAGGGGUUAAAAAGUGCUGCUAGAAGGUUGCAUAGGUUUAGUUUUUCUUCAUCCGAAUGCCAAAGAGUAUUACUGUCAUAGUCAUGUGCUUCUCUCAAACAUCAACUCAUCAUAAACGAGAUUGGGGGGAACAGUUAUGAAUAGAACACGUAGAGUUUAGCUUGUACUUGUGUGGAUCAGUUGAUAAGUCAUGAGCCACUCCUUGAGACCACAGCUGAAUGUGGGGAGGAGAGAGGGAGACACAGGAGCAACGACACAGCGUGAGCUGUACGAUCAUUGGGAUGAACCGCUUAUGAAGCCAAGAGAUAAUUCUACACCGAAUUAUGAGAGAGUGUCUUUGUCUUGAGAGGAGUGGGCGAUGGAGCUACAGAUGCAGUGUUAUGACUCCGAGACACAUCUUUUAGGAAAGGGUGUGUGUUUCCUUCGCUAGGAGGGCUGAGACAGAAUCUAUUUGACAAUGUCCCAUAUAUCCCUAAUUCUGAAACUUUAAGUCCAACACUUUGAGUGGCAUUAAUGGUCAGUUGACAAAAGUGGUCCUUGUGUGUGUGUCAACUCAUCCAGCACAUUGUAGGAUUUGAAAGAGUAGCUCAUGGCCACAUUUACUGUACUGUACCCUGACAUGUGCCUUUGGCGCCAGAGCUGGCAUGAAGGAAACAAAUCUAUAUUCAGUCCCUCUCUUUUUGAAAACGAUGGAAGGCCUUUUGGUUAAGAGUUCCUAUAUCUGUAAAUACGCCCCUCCUGUCGUAGUCAAUGUGUAUCAGUCUUCCAAAUGUACUGCAAAUCACGGAAUGUACAGAUUUUUGUAUUAAUAAUAUUGUUAUUAUUGUACAUGCUGUUAUAUUUGUUCUUUUUCAAUAAAAUCGUAUUGAAUAUCAAUAA